AUGUCGGAGACUGACGAUUUCGCUCAACUCAUGCAACAACUUCAGUCAGCGGCGGCUCCUGCCAACGUUGGAAUGAUCAAGGAGGAACUACCCGAAUCGCCACCGACGACGUCGACAACGACGACCAAUGGUUUGCUUCCAAAUGGCAAAAAGACCAAGGGACGCGUCAAGAUCAAGAUGGAAUAUAUCGGCAACAAGCUUAGAAGAUAUACUACUUUCAGCAAAAGAAAAACUGGAAUUAUGAAAAAGGCUUUCGAACUUUCAACACUAACGGGUACGCAGGUCAUGCUCCUAGUCGCCUCCGAAACGGGUCACGUCUAUACCUAUGCCACAAAGAAGCUGCAACCGAUGAUUAAUUCAGAAGCAGGAAAAGCUUUAAUUCAAACCUGCUUGAAUGCUCCAGGAGAAGGUAACGAUUUGCAACCAAGUCGAACAGAGUUCACAUUCGAAGCAGGAAAUGGAGCUGGGAAUCCAAGAAAACGCAAGAUUGCCGACGUUAUGGAACAAAACCCGAGUGCUUCGUUCCCUGCAUUUCUGCCAACUAUGGUACCUUCAACUCUUUUCUCGUCGUUCGGAGAAGACGACUACAACAACGAUGAAAGCGGCGACGAUUCGGAUUCCGAAGAGGCUGCCAGCGAAAUCAAAUAUGAUGAAGAAGGAUCGCCAAAACGCGACGAUGAGAACGUUGCGGCGAAUCUGCAGCAAACUCUCAAAGACGCUCUCAAGGCUGCUGCCAGCAACCGACAACAGCAGCAGAAACGCGCUAAAAUGCAACAGCAACAGCAAGUUCAAAAACAGACACCUGAACGAAAACCAUCGUUCCUUCCAAGUUUCCUACUUCAAGGAGGUGCGAAUGCAACCAAUCUCUUCUCUGGUGCCGCCAAACAAGGCGAUGAUGCCUCAUCGAACUCAAUGCUCACCCUUCCAAUCAACUUCCAGCAGCUCAUGGAGACCGCUGCACUCGGAGUUCAAAUCACCAAUGCCGAAUAA